CGCCUGCCCCGCGAGAGCCCUGUAAGGACUGCCAAGCAGUAAUGAAAGUUCUUUUGCUGAAGGAUGCUAAGGAGGAUGACUGUGGCCAGGAUCCGUAUAUCAGGGAAUUGGGAUUACAUGGACUUGAAGCCACUUUGAUCCCUGUUUUAUCAUUUGAGUUUUUGUCUCUUCCCAGUUUCUCUGAGAAGCUGUCUCAUCCUGAAGGUUACACGGGACUCAUUUUUACUAGCCCCAGAGCAGUGGAAGCGGUGGAGUUGUGUUUGGAGAAAAACAACAAAACCGAAGUCUGGGAGAAGUCUCUGAGAGAAAAAUGGAAUGCUAAGUCAGUGUAUGUGGUUGGAAAUGCUACUGCUUCUCUAGUGAAUAAAAUUGGCCUGGAUGCAGAAGGAGAAAACUGUGGAAGUGCAGAAAAGCUUGCAGAGUAUAUUUGUUCCAGGGAGUCAUCAGCAUUGCCUCUUCUGUUUCCCUGUGGAGCCCUCAAAAGAGAAAUCCUGCCUAAAAUGCUCAAGGACAAAGGGAUUCCCAUGGAAAGCAUAACGGUCUAUCAGACAAUCCCACACCCAGGAAUCCAAGUGAAUCUGAACAGCUACUAUUCCAAACAGGGAGUUCCAGCCAGCAUCACAUUUUUCAGUCCCUCUGGCCUUGCAUACAGUCUCAAGCAUAUUCAAGAGUUAUCUGGUGACAGCAUCGAUCAGAUUAAGUUUGCAGCCAUUGGCCCCACCACGGCUCGUGCCCUGGCUGCCCAGGGCCUGCCUGUGAGCUGCACUGCCGAGAGCCCCACACCGCACGCCCUGGCCACUGGCAUUAGGAGGGUACUCCAGCCCCAUGGCUGCUGCUGAGUCAGCUACCCCUGUAGCCCAGCCCUGUGCCUUCUUCCUUAGCCUGGUGAGAGAAGCUUGCUGCUGCCUCUGAGAUGGAGCCAGGCACCGGGCAGGGGCUCUCGGGAAGCUGCCACCAUCAAACCCCUGCCUCAAGCCUGAGUGGACCCACCAGGGAUCAGGAAUCAGGCAUUGGAACUGGACCUGGGGCUGACAUCAAGCCCACAUGCACAUGACUGCUCUCCUUGGACCCUAGCCUGGGCAAACGCCAACUCCCAGGCCCUGCAAGAGCUUCCUGUGCCCAGCAGUAAGGAAAUCAAAUAAAUCACACUGACUACUUGUGCUUAA